AUGUCAUCGGAAGAUGCAAAGUCUUACCUCUCAAAAAGGGAGGUUCCAAGACUUUUUGAAAGUAUGAUGACUGGAUUGAUGUUUCACAGACCAGAUGAUCACAUAGAAUAUCUCAUAGAAUGUUUACAGAAAGUUAAGUCAGAUACUCCAAAAAGUAUAUCCUGGGAUUUAUUUGUUGAUUUAAAAAGGAGUCCAUUACCACCUAUAACAUCACCUGUAAAUGGCAAAACUGAGGAUAGGACAAACAUACCACACCCUCCAACUAAACCUAAACCUAGUAGUAGAGAGAAGGACUCUCAAGAUGUUCCAGAUAGUAAAACUAUAUUACAAGAGGAUAUCCAACGUGAUUCCACUAUUAAAAUCAAUGUCAAGGACACAGGACGUAAAGAAGGUCUACCACAAGCACCUGUAGUCUUCUUUGCUGGUGGACCUGGUAGUGGUAAAGGUACACAAUGUAAGAAAUUGGUAGCAAGAUAUCCUGAUUUUGUACAUCUGUCUAUGGGUGAUAUACUACGUACAGAAAUAACUACACAUGGUACAGUUGAUGCUAAAUGGGAUAUGAUUAGUACAUUGUUACAGAAAGGAGAAAUGGCUCCACGAGAAAUGACAAUAGAUUUACUAUUGAAUGCUAUGAAAGAACAUAAAGAUGCUCAAGGCUUUAUUAUUGAAGGUUUUCCAAGAGAUGUCCUUCAACUAGAAGAAUAUUUCACACAUAUUGGUGGCCUUGGUUUUGCUAUUGUAUUAGAUUGUGAAGAAUAUUAUUUACAAAAACGUUUAGUUGAACGAGGUGAACAAACUGAACGUAUUGAUGACAAUUUGACAGCCAUUUCUAACAGACUAAAUUUCUUUAAACAAAAUACAUUACCAGUUUUACGAUAUAUAGAUGAUGAAGGCAAGCUAGUUGUGGUACAAGGAGACAGAGAUGAAGCUGAAAUAUUCUAUGAUUUAUGUAAAGUAUUUGACAUGGCUUUUUAUGGUAAACAACCCCAAUUAGUAAGUAUUAAUCAAACUAAUUAUAAUCUUUCUUUUACAUUAUCUUGA